ACUCGCGUCUCACCCCUUCAAUGAGGCCGCCAUUUUGUCCGCGGCGGAGAUGCCCGAGGAGCCGGACAGAGCCGUGUACCGGGAGCCUCCGAGGCGGACCCCGGCGCCCAACCCGCAGACCUCCGUCCCGAACCCCCUCGACCUCAUCGAGAAGGUCUUCUACUACGCCGUCGACAGGCCCGUCACCGCCUGGAGGGAAUGGAUCGAGCGCCAGCAUGCCAAGAACAGGAUUUAUUACUACCACCGCCAGUUCCGCCGAGUGCCAGACCUGACCGAAUGCCUGGAGGACGACUACGUCUGUUUCUAUGAAGCGGAGCUGCAGUGGAGGAGGGAUUUUAUGGUUGAUCAAGAAAUUGUGAAAAUAAUCCAGGAUCGAGUAGGUGCUUGCAAGCAGCGGGAAGGUGCUAGCUUCACUGAGAACUGCGCAAAGGAGCUGCAGGAGUUCAAAGACGUGGCCCAGGCAUAUCGGGACAGAUAUGAUGAGCUUGGUGCUCAUGGAAAUGCUCGCAAAUGCUUAAUGAAACAGAAGCAUCGCAUGAUCGCUGAAAGGAAAGCCCAGGCAGCAGCUGAGGCAUGAUCCCCAUAGCCCUUAUUUGACCAUUAGUUUCCAAUUGAAUGAGAAGACUGCUGAACAACUGUGUGACUAGGUGUUGUAUAUUGAAAACAGACUGAACAUCAUCCAUUAAAGCAGUAUUGGUUAUUGUUGAUGGGAAAAAAUAAAAUCAUCUUGACUAAA